UUUUGAGUUAAUUACAUAAAUUUGGAUUACUUAAACAUCUUGUGACUUCCUUUCUCGAUGCCUGAACUCAUGUCCAUAAUCUUCUUGUUCCUUUGAAUUCCUUCUCUCAACAUCAAGUAUUUGAGGUCGAAUGAUUCUUUGCCUUCGUCUUCAUGCAAAGACUUGGUGAAUUGAUGACAUCGUCGUCUUUGACCGACAACUUCACAACAAGAAUGUCUAAGUCCGGAAAUUCAGGCUUUAAAUGGUGAAUGCCACAGGAUCCUGACAUUUUCAUUAUCUCCAAUGAAUUUAGGCAUUAUAUUUUCAGGUUUUAUUAUCCUACUUUCAUUAUCCACUAAAGUGUCAAAUUAUUAAUUUUCCUGACCUAAACUUAUAUCUUUUAAUUUUAGUAUAAAUUUUAUAGCGCCAGUUGUGUCUUGUGUAGUCUCAUGAUUUUCCUACACGGUAUAGUCAUAUCAAUUUCUGUUUCUAAUUCCUUGAAGUCUUAAAAAUUAAUCUAUCAUGCCCCUGGCAUGUUGUGAUGCUCGAAUAAUCUCUAGAGCUAGAACCUCGUUUGUUCAAGUGCUCGAAGGUAGACUUCAGGUAUGCAUUUAAGUACUUUAUGAAGCGGCUUUAUCUAUUUGUGAUUGUAAAAUACAGCCAUUGAUUUCCCUCUUAAUUUCUGAUCAUCAUUAAUUUUAGAGAUAUGAUCCUGGAAAAAUCUUUGAAUUGAUUGUUGGUAAAAUUGUUGUCUGUACAAGCAAACUUGAGGUCUUCGAAUUCUACUUACUCUUCUAGAAGCACUCUUAAAGUUACGAUUAAAGGCAUUCCUUCUUCGUAUGCAAACUUCUGAAGUAUCUGGAUGAUAGGAAUAGUGUAUUUGUGUAACAAAUUAUGUAAGAGCUUCACUAGGGUAAUAUAUGGAGUUUUGCUUUGGUCUUGAUGACAACCAACAUCUUAUUGUUGACUAAUAUCGAACUAUCAACUAUAAGUCCUCUCUUCAUUCUCUCGGCAAAUGUGUUUGAACCAUUUUCGAAUAUUCCAACGUUCUUCUUAAUAACUUCGAAGAUUCAAGAUGAAACUUCUCUUCUUCUGGCUAGAUUAGUGUUCCAAUAGGCUUCUCAGGAGAUUUCAUGAUUUUAAUAAAGAAUGCAGAACUUCUAUGCAGUAUUUUUGUCAGACUCAAAUUCUAAGAGCUUUGCACAUGCGUAGAUUUUACUAUCUUCGGCCUUGAAGGACUGGAGGUAUUUCAGAGACUUCUCGCAUGUGUUUCUGAUUUCAUUCUUAAUCCUAAACAGUUUCCUAAUAAUGGUGUACAAGAACUCUUCGAAUAAAGUAUCAAAGGCUUCUAUUUCAAUCAGAGCCUGGGUCUUCUGAUUGUAAAUAUGUGAUAUUAAGUCUAAAAUUUCCUUUAGAAGCAAUGACUGAUGCUUUAAAGAGCUUAUUUUGACCUUCUUCUUGAGCUUGACAAUAGGCUUAUUCUUAUUCUGAGUAUUCUGCAGCUUAUUGUUUAAAUUCUUGAUUACUCUUGUAUAACUAGCGUUCUUUUGCUCUUUUUCUUGGUUAAAGAGUUAUUCAUAAAAUUUGUAUCAGCAAUCUCAGAAUAGGGGGAAUUUCUGCUUCAAAUAUUUCACCAAUCCCUUCGAAUUCUGCAUAUUUAUUCGGGUCAAAUGGGUUUCUGUCAACUACAAAGUGUUUGUUUCUCUUAAGAGUGGUAUCGGUCUCUAUUUCCUACUUAGGCUUGUGACUCAGAAUGGUGAUGGACUUAUCGGUAUUAUCAGUAAUGCUAGCUCUGUUUUGACAAUAGUCUUGUGGCAUCCAUUCUUUAUGUGAGUUCCACUUAAUUUUCUAGGAAAUGAAGGAUAGACUCUGUUCUUCAACUUUUUGUUUAUCUUAAGUUUACCCAUUCAUAAAUAAAGCUGUUGAUUUCUGACAUUAAGUGGUUUUUCAUCUUUAGGAUGACUAGAGAAACUAUAGGAUAAAAUUGAAGUACUGCUUCCCUUUUCUUCAUGAAUUCAUUGGCCAUUCUCCUAAUGUCUCUUUUGUUAGCUUUGAGGGUUUUCACAGUUAAAGAAGUAUUUUUAAGGAAGCCUUCUAGGUUAUCUGGUAAUGAGUCUGGCUUGAGCAUUGUUUUCUCUCUGAUUUUAAAAGUUCGAAAUUUUGCUUGACUUUUCUAGAUAUUUUCAUUUUUAUGUAUUUAUAGAAGAAAUGAUGAAUUAAAGUAGUUAUUGACGGAAUUAUAGCUGCACGAAAGAGAAAACUAGAACUGAGAAUCCAAGUUUUAAUAACUAAUUUGAGCAUGAAGGUUCUAGCCCGAGAGGUUCUAGCAUAAGAGAGGUAAAUUUAGGAAUAUAUGAGAUAAUUCAUACUUAAACCACCUCUUUUCAUUAUUAAUGAAAUAUCUCUUUGAGACUUGAGCAAGAAGUAGCCAAGGUUUCUAUCAAUAAGAGGCAUCUAUAAACAAAGUUAGUACAAAGGUCAAUCCUUGUUUUUAUAUCUCCUGCAUGACAAAGUUAAGAGUUAAGGCUUUAUACUCACCCCUUCACCACCAAUAACCCUCUCUUUGAUCUCCUCUUCUCUACUAUUGUUAGGCUUGUAAGAUAUAUUUUGCAAUAUUUUAAUGUUCGUAGGGGAAUAAUGACAAGAACUAUCUAAACUGAGUCCUGCAGUUGAUAUUAAAUGCCAAAGUUGAAGAGUUUACAGCAAACCUCCAAAAAAUUCAUAGCACAUAUUUCUUCAAUAAGUUUCAACCUAAUGCACUUGGGGUUAUGACCAUCUUAAAGCAUCAAACUCGAUUGGAAAAAGAUGGUAAAACAAAUAAAGCUCUAAAUAAGAUCCUAAAUAAUAUUCUUGAGAAGAGAAAUUACUCAAGUUCUACCCAUUAUGGCAUCAAUUUUGAGUAUUUUAACAAUUCUACAGAACCUUUACUCCUCUGCUUUCUAAAAAUGUCUCGCUCCGUUUCAUAUCACUCACCAAAUAGCUCAAUUCUAAGUGCCAUUAAGGUUAUAGGAACCGGAAGAUAUUCCUAAAAGACGAGUAAGUGAGUGCUAAACUUUAAACUAAGACAGCCAUCAACACCAAUGAUCUCUACUUACUCUUGAUCGAGCUUAGAGCCAGUUAAGGUGGGGAUUUUUAAUGCAUUGAAAGUUUUUGCUCCCUUAAACAAUAAGCAUUUCCUCUAGAGAAACUGCCAGAUCUCACCUGAGGAGGGUACCCUCGAGUUCAUAAUACAUAGAAGUGGUCAGGAAGAAGCAGGAGGAGUGGAAAAGGCUUCUAGACUAGAGAGUAUGUGCUUUUGUGUGCACCCCAUUGACAAUUAUUUGAUACACAUGGGGUGAAAGAUCUACUCUGCUUGUGAUAAACCUGUAAAUGAUAUGUUGUGCUAAUAGUCCGAGAUCUGUUCUAAAGUGGGUAUACAGAGUGGAAUAAUAAUUUUGUUGCUAAAAUUUGAUCAAUAUUCCCAACUCGGAGAUAUGAAUGAUUUGUUUAAGAGUGGUG